AUAACAAAAACAACUUUUUAGCAAUCAUAAGGGCUGCUACGGCCACUCUUUCUGCAAUAAUAGACCACUUUGGCGGUUUUAUUUGAAUAAAAACACGUGCUCGCUAAGUGAAAAACUCGGACAAACAUGGCGGAAAGUCAUAACAAUGACUAAUUUGCUAUAUGAAAUAGAAAUAUUUUUCGCUCUCUUGCAAAUGUAGCGACGAAUCAAACUAAGUGAUAGUUGUUGUGCGUCAACAAUUACCAUAUUAAUUUCUAGUGCUAUUUGCAUACUAAUUUCCAUAUUCAAUACGCAGUGACAAAUAUGGAAGUCUAUGAAUAAUACUCAAAUCUUGCAAAAAUCUGUCAAACAAAGAUUGUUGGCGACAUAAAAGUUAAAAUUUUGUGACCAGGAAAUAAGUUUGUAAACUUUCUUGUCCUGGCCACCAGGAAUGGAAAAAUACUCGAAGCUGGUUUUCAUUUUAGCUAUUGCGUGGGUUGUUUACUUUAUACUCUAUUCUCGUAUGGUCACAAAUAAAUUAAAUGGUAAAAAGAGAACUCAUGGUGUCCAAAUUUUUUCCAACGCUGAAGCUAUCAAGUUACCAUCCGUGAGUUUGUUUGUGCGAUUGACGGGGAUGCAUAUAAAGCGAUUUUAUUGCGACUUUUUAAGAACAAUGGUACUUUUUUGGCCACCAUCUUACGGUAAUCUUGUCGUAGUAUUGGAUGAGGAGUCGCAACUUGAUCGAAAACUGGCAGCAAUCAUGGAAGAUCACUUUGCUAAGUACUUUCCCAAACGGAUUUUAAAAAUUGUGUAUGAAUCAUUACCCGAAGGUCAUGAAACACUAUUGAAAUUGCCAUGGCCUAAACGAGACACUGGUUACAACAGACAAAUAUGGAGCAGUUUUUACAAUGAUUUGUACACAAACGAUACGGUCAUAGCAUGGGUUGAUUCCGACACUGCGUUUUCAGCCUCUGUAACUGAUCGCUCGAUGUAUAAUGGCACAAAGCUGAGGGUUAUCGGAACGGACUGCACACUACGAAGAGUUAAAUUCGCUAGACUAUGCGACAAAAAUGUAUUUUUUGCACUUGGACAAGCAGCUGUUGCCGACUUUAUGCUCCACUUUCCAAUUUAUAUUUAUAGGGAUACAUUUGCUAAUUGUAGAAAAUUCUUAAUAAAGCGCUUCAAAGCUCAGGACUUUGAGGAGGUUUAUAAAAGUUUGAGUGCACAUGGACUCAUAUGUCCCGUCACUUUAGUACUUAACUAUGCAUGGCACUUUGAGCGAGAACGUUACGAAUGGAGUCUAAAGAUUUGUACUGCAUCCCUUGAUCAAUACAACAGGAAAUUUGGGGGAAAUGCAAAAAUCAGACCGUCUGAUAUUCGACAAAUUCUAUCUGAUCCCCAGCUAAGUAUUCAUACAGGUAAACCUGGGUCAGCGCUCGCUUCGGCUCAGUUAAUACUAACUAGUUACUGCUUAUCAAACAAAGAGGCAGGAAUAACAGCAGAACAUUGUGUAAACGACGCAGAUUAUAAUAUCACGAAUGCUUUAACCCUUUUAAAAUAUGGAAGAGCACCAAAGACUUGUGUUAGAGAGAUGCUUGAAAAAUGCCUUGAUAUCCUGCGACAACAUUAUCGUCUUGUCGGUUCUGAAAUAAGGAGUAAAAAACGUGUAAUGAAUUGGAGUGACGUUGUUCUUGUCGAAACCCUUGUUCAAGACGUCAAUGGCAAAUGUCCAACGAUUCACACCGGAAGCCCAAGGAAAAGAAUUCCUAUCGUAUAAUCGUGUUUUUGUUAUUGAUGUCUUUGCCUUUUUUUGAAAAACAAUUACACAAUAAUGCACAUUCUUCAAAUUCGUCCACAUAUACGCAUGCCUUGUUUUUUCAUUGUUCCUUAUUAAUUAUAAUGUUUUAAAAACUUAUUACAAUUAGAAUGCAUCAUUUGAGUAGUUAUAGAAGUUGCUCUAGAAUGCAUAGCGAUAUAACAAUAUAUUAAUUUUGACGGAUCUAUUUGAUUUUCUUUAACCUUUGUGAAAUUUUUUAUCUAAUUCAAUUUAAAUGUGUCCGAAGUAGUGUUUGUUAAAAUAAAUAUUAUUAAGUGCUUAAA